AACAAUUGCAAUACCAGUGUAACACCCUGCUCUACGUUCUGCUCAUUCGUAUACAAAAUCUCUACACCGCAUUGCAAACAACAAUAGGCACAAACUCUAGCGUAUAUGGCAUCCACAUCAGCGUCCGCACUUGUGCAGGAGCUAGACGACGUACCCGACGUGCUCACAUGGCUCAACGACACACUUACACCGCAGGACAACCAUGUUCCGCUAGCUACUCUCGAGUCGCUGCUGGCAGACCUGCUGACAGCCACAGACCUUUCAGCAGUAACAACUUCCGCUGCACUCGAGCGCACAAUCGACGAGGUGUCGCGCAGCGCUCCCCGUCUCACCUAUGACCUGCAUUUCAUGCGCGAUGGUGCCCUUUCCCUACAUUCUGCUCUCGAUACCGUCACCGCCCGCAUUCCAGCUGGAACGGGGACUUCUGCUGCUCUCGACAAGUUGCAGACUCUUGACACUGCAAAACGACGGAUGGAGGCCGUAAGGGAUGUGCUGCGUGAGGCAGAGUCGUGGUCCAGCUUAGAGGCCGAGGUUACUGCAUUGUUGGCGGAGCGUGCAUAUGACAAGGCUGCUGAGAGAUUGAGCGAGGCUAGCAGGAGUAUGCCUGUGUUUGCUGGAACCCCGGAAUACGAGCCCCGCCGUGCGCUGAUGGGGUCCCUCCAAAACCAACUCGAGGCUGCUCUCAGUUCUGCGUUGGUUGGCGCGAUCAACUCGGGCGAUACGGCGCUUUGCAGGAGUUUUUACGGCAUAUUUGCUAACAUACAGAGGGGAGAGCGAGGGUUGGUUGCGUCGUGGCAGAGCGAAGUUCUGGAAGACACGGAACCGUUAGUGCCUGCGGUGCCGAAGCAGACUUUUUUGCGCGAAUUUCCUGCUUGUGCCUUCGUGUCCGCAACGCCUUGCGUCCCUUUUCAACACCGCCGGUUCAUCUGCUCUCAAGGAUGUCAUAUCCAUUUACAAAACGACAGAGGAGUUCGCGGCAAGCACAGACAAGAUCAUGGAGAAAUACAGUUCUCCGUUAUCCCUACAGACAAUCCUUCGGAUGGCCCUUUGCCUCCGAAGCACACACGCCGCCGCUCCAUGCCCACGAACUUCUCACGAGCGCAGCAGUCCACGCUCAAUGAUGCGCUUGACUGGGACCAAACACUCUUUCAGGCGUUUCUAGAUUUCCAGCGGCGCCUCCUCUCUGAUGAGCUAUAUUUUGCCUCCACACUCACUCCUAACAAAAAUCCAAACGCGGACCGCGCCCGUCUUCUUCGCGAGUGCGCGGUUGAUGUCCUCGUACGCUGCAUGGCAUUCACGUAUGGAUAUGCUGCUCCAGGACUCGUCUCCGCGUUGGACUUGUCUCUCUCGUCCUUGGUUGACUCUUGGACCCAAUCCCUGACUGCAAAUCUUUCUGCUCCUUCAAAUGAUCUCGCAGAUCUGGAUUAUUCCCCGCAGGACUGGAGCAACAUCCAACUCGUUUUACAUCUCCUCGCGUCAACACGGGCCGUGCUUGACCGACUUGCGACCUUUGAAAGCAAGCUGCGAGCUGCACUCCACGAAGGCGGGUUGUAUACGCCUGGCGCAACCAAAGGUGCUGGUUUGCUCCUGGCGCGCACUUUGCAUGCUCUCUUAUCCUCUGCGGAAUCUCAGCCCCCCGUACCACUGCUCACCACAACACGUGCAUCUAUUGCAUCCCUUGCCAGGGCCCUUCAAUCGUCCCUCCAGCACACCCUUCUUGCCCCCUUGCACGCAUAUCUCUCAUCCUAUGCAUCUCUUGCCCUCUGGGCAGCACCGGGUGAUCCCAAGUCCAUGCGCACGGCCAGUGACUUGCAUGUGCCU